CUUCAAAACGGAUGGCAACGCUGACGCUAAUAAAGCUACUGUCAAAGUUGCCCAAAGCUAAACACGAAAUACAUACAUACGAAAGCCAAAUUCGAGCUGGUGCUGCUGCUGCUGCCCACUACAAUCAGUGGGCAAUUAAAAACCCAUUGGCAUUCGGGCAUUGUCAGGUGCAAGUGAAAGUGCAGCAGCUCGCCGCAACAAUGUCGACGCCAUCAACGUCUGCAGCCGCACAGACAACCAACAGCGGCGGCCUGGGCAAACAGCAGCUUCGGCGCUUGGCCGCCUUCGAUUUUGACCACACAAUUGUUUCCCAGAAUACGGACACUGUGGUGCGCGACAUGUUGCCCAACGAGCUAAUCAGCUCCUGUGCCCUAACCGAGCUAAUGGAAAACGAGUGCUGGACCGAAUAUAUGGCCGAAAUAUUCCGUUUAUUAUAUGCGCAACAAGUACCAGAAUCGCGAAUACGCGACACCAUACGCUGUAUACCGGAGGUGCCCGGAUUUGUGCGUCUCAUCAAGCAUUUGCAGAAGAAAAUGAAAUUCGAUUUGAUUAUCAUCAGUGACUCGAAUAGUAUUUUUAUUGACGAAUGGCUACGUGCACACAAUCUCUCUGAUUGUUUCAAUGCCAUUUUCACAAAUCCGGCCGAGUUUAAUGAACAUGGUCAGCUUUUGGUGCGUGCAUAUCAUCAGCAAACCGAUUGCAAGCUAAGCGCCAGCAAUUUGUGCAAGGGCCGUGUCUUGGAGCAUUUUGUUAUUGAGCAGGAUUUGCGCUACAAUAUACGCUACGAUCAUGUUUUUUACGUUGGCGAUGGCAACAACGAUAUUUGUCCAGUUUUGCGUCAGCGCGCCUGCGAUUUUGCAUGCGCCCGUCAAGGAUUUGCCAUGGAGAAGCAUUUGAUUAAGAAUCGCAACAAAUUGAAGCUACGCGCCCAUUUGCUAAUAUGGCGCAACGGCUUCGAUUUGCUGGAGCAGAUCCGUGUGCUGCCCCAGCUGCAGGGUCCGCCGUCCACCGAAUCGCAGGCCCACAAUUUGGAUGCCACUCGCUUGGCGGAAAUCGGAAGACGUGCGUCCGCCGUGGCUACAGCUGCAGCACCCGCUGCAGCCGAGUAGACAGACAAAUUUUUUAGAAUGCUUGUGCAAAACAAAAACCAAAUUUUUACAAAUCCAUAUAUGUAUACCUAUAUUUGAAACAGCCAUAUAUAUAUAUAAACACAUAUAUAUAUAUAUAUAUAUAUUUACAUUAAUUGAUGGAUGGUUUCGAAAUCAUCAAAUCUUUGUUGUGAUCAAUGUUUAUAUAUGUAUACAAAUAUGCUAACUAAUAAAUAAAUAUCAAUGUAGAAUUAUGCACACAACACAAACACACACACACACA